GGGAGGGUGAAAGACAAAGCAAAGCAACACGGAGAUAUGAAACUAAAUACAGUAAAUAAUUGGCUUUAGCCGUCUAUCUUUUCUGAUGACUGCAACGUCUUAACAGAGAGAUAAAGGAGGUGAAAGUGAGGAAGAGAGAGAGAGGGGUGUAGUAUGUUGAGAACUUGGUACUUUGGACGUAUUUCCAUUGAUAUACACGUAUUCACGUGGUUCCGCGUUUGUGCUGGUGGUUUGCUUAUUUAACCAAGUGUUUUGUUUAUAGCAAUAAAACUGAAAUCGCACGAAUAUGUUCGACCGCAUUGAAUGGAAGAUAUUUUUACCUUUGGUUUUGUAUUGUGCUACAGCUAUAUUCUCGAGGCACAGUAUGAAUAUGGCUACAAGAUUGCUGGUGCAGUGGUUGGCGUUAUAGUCGGAUGUGUAUUUUUAGUUGUCAUAUUUCGCUGUCUUGUGGCUCUUCGUCGAAUGAAUGAUGUACAAGUAAUUACUGUGGAAGAUGACACACAACACACUAGAAGUGUCUCCAUGAUGAGUCGAGAAGAUUGUAAAGACGGCAACAUUGAAAUGCAGCCUCCCUCAACAAUUUCAUAUCCACAGUCCAGCUUUUGUUCGUAUGCCUAUGACCAAAGUAUAAAUGACCAUGCCAUAUGUACACCUGAGAAAGCCAGUCUCUUUAAAUAAGCAGAGUAAGCAGUCAACGAGCUGACCACACAACUCUGCUUCAAAUCAUUGAUGUAUCCAUUCCAGUUCAUUUAUGAAAAUAUCACACAUCUCUAUAAUCCUUUCUCUGUAAAUCAAAAGAAAUGACAAUCUAACAAGUAGAUCCAUUAUGUGAAAUUGUAUUUAUUAACCCGUUUCAAUCAUAAGUGCGAACUCAUAUAUUUGUGUGGGUGAUUAUAAUAUAUGUGUGUGUGUAUAUGUAGUAUAUAUAUAUAUAUAUAUAUGUCUGUGUUUGUGAGAGAGAGAGAGCAUAUAUAUACAUACAUACAUAUGUAUAUAUAUAUAUAUAUAUAUAUAAUGUGGCACUCUGUCGGUUAUAGCGAUGAGGGUUUCCAUUGAUCUGAUCAACAGAACAGCCUGCUCAUGAAAUUAACAUGCAAGUGGUUGAGCAUACCAUAGACACAUGUACUUUUAAUGUAGUUUUCGGGGAGAUUCAGCAUGACACAGUGUGACAAGGCUGGCCCUUUGAAUUACAGGUACAACUGAAACAGGAAGAAAGAAUGAGAGAAAGUUGUGGUGAAAGAGUACUGCAGGGUUCGCCACCAUCCCAUGCUGGAACCUUGUGGAGCUUUAGGUGCUUUUGCUCAAUAAACACUCACAAUGUCCAGUCUGUGAAUCGAAACCACGAUCCUAUGACCGCGAAUCUGCUGCCCUAAUCACUGGGCCAUUGCGCCUCCACACACACACACACACACACACACACACACACACACACAUAUAUAUAUAUAUAUAUAUACUCUUACUUUUUUACUUGUUUCAGUCAUUUGACUGUGGCCAUGCUGGAGCACCGCCUUUAGUCAAGCAAAUCGACCCCAGGACUUAUUCUUUGUAAGCCUAGUAUUUAUUCUAUCGGUCGCUUUUGCCGAACCGCUAAGUUACAGGGACUUAAACACACCAGCAUCAGUUGUCAAACGAUGUUGGUGGGGUCAAAUGCAGACACACAAACAUAUACACACACAUACAUAUACAUAUACACGAUGGGCUUCUUUCAGUUUCUGUCUACCAAAUCCACUCACAAGGCUUUGGUCAGCCUGAGGCUAUAGUAGAAGACACUUGCCCAAAGUGUCACGCAGAGGGACUGAACCUGGAACCAUGUGGUUCGUAAGCAAGCUACCUACCACACAGCCACUCCUACACCUAUAUAUAUAUAUAUAUAUAUAUACCAAAGUAAAUAUGUUGCUUAUUUUUUGGUAGUUUUUGACUUAUUUAGUCCCUCGAAGCAUGAGGCAUUACUACACAGUUAAUGCCCUUUAUAUAAAUUAUAUAUAUUUAUGAAAAAAAUGAUGAAUUUUUUUCAUUAUGAGGUUUUUUUCACGCUGACUA